AUGGUGCCUUUGGAAAGACGAUUCAGAAAAGCCUAUCAUUUACACACUCACUUGGAUUAUGUGGAUUUUCUAUUUAAAAUUGAUAGAAUAGUAGACAUGUUGACCACGUUUGUGAAUUGUGUGAAGAAAGACAUUCGAAACACGUAUGGGUCUCUUCACGAUAUUUCUUCCAUCCCAUUAAACUUUCCAAUUUCUAACGAGAACUAUACUAUCACCGUGACGUACUCGCAGCUGACUCAAAUUUUAAAUGAAGCCGAUAAGGUGGUUUCUGCAUGCAUGAAGUUAUUCCAUUGGAAAGCUUACAAAGAAUACUAUUUUGAAGAAAUGUAUCUCGAAAUUCCAGAAGAGCUUCCAAGAAUUAGAGAAAAUUAUCAAAUUUGUGCGAAACUCUGCAAUGCUUUACAAAAUUCUUCCAUGAAUGACGAGGAUUUGAAUCAUCUCUUUUCCAAGCUUAAUUGCUAUUACUGUGACAAGCUGUCAGCUGCUUGUUAUUACUCGAGAAGAUUCUCGAACAAGAACGUCCUUCUACAUUCUGUACAUAACAACACUGGAGUUAUUGAUUCUAAAAACGAGAAUGACAAGUGUGACAAGUAUGAUCAACAAGUGAUUGAGCGUGCAUUAUUCGCCUAUGGUGAGCUUUUUAACCGUCUACCAGCAUACUUGCAACAAGAUGAGAAAUUAUUGAUGAUAGCCCUCCAGAAAGGGUUACCUUUAAACAAGCUGGUCAGGAACUAUGCUUUUGAAUCACCGAAUAGUGCUGUACAGAACAAGCUAUUUUUAAAAGCUGUAGACAUCAUGUUAGAGGAUUAUGAUUUUGCUUUUGGCAUCAUUUCGACACUUGCUUAUCGGAGGAGUCGCCUAUCCUGCAUUGCAUAUUAUGUCAAGAGACGUUUAACGUCCACGAAACUAUUGGAUGAAGACCCAUCAAAGUAUACCAAGUACAAUUGUUUGUUUGUAGAUUGGGAAAUGAUGUAUUUAAUUUUUCGUGCAGACUGUUAUUCAGCUCGUUCUUCGGCUACAACUGCAUGUGCAACCCAUUUUGUCAAUGUUUUAAUGAAAUUAGAGAACGGUGAGGUGGAUGGUGUCAACAUUUGCAUUCCAUCUCUUUCACCAGAAGCGAAAAAUUAUAUUAUUCGACACAACAAGAAAUUCUUUUACUCAUUGUACUGGUAA